AAGAGGAAAAGUCACUGCAUAAUGUAAAUAAACACGCGCUCUCACCCCACCACCACUACCCCCCCCCCGCCCCAUCAACCCUAUGCACCCCGGCCUUUGCAGCCCCAGCGAGACUUCAACCCCAGGCCAUGAACGCGAGCGGCGGGGGCGAGGGCUUCCCCGGCUCAGUCCAGUUUCCUGGUGGCACUACUGUCUUAGUGGAGCUAACCCCAGAUAUUCACAUCUGUGGCAUUUGCAAGCAGCAGUUUAAUAACUUGGAUACCUUUGUUGCCCAUAAGCAAAGUGGUUGUCAGCUGACCAGCACUACACCUGGUGCUCCCAACGCAGUUCAGUUUGUGUCAGAGGAAACGGUGCCAGCUACCCCGACUCAGACCACCACAAGAACCAUCACUUCAGAGACCCAGACCAUCACCGUUUCAGCUCCAGAAUUUGUUUUUGAACAUGGUUACCAAACCUAUCUGCCCACAGACAGCACUGAUACCCAGACUGCCACAGUCAUCUCAGUCCCUCCCAAGUCACGGUCUCGAAAACCUGCAGCGUCACCUGCACAGAAGAAACUUAACUGUUGCUAUCCAGGUUGCCAGUUCAAGACAGCAUACGGCAUGAAAGAUAUGGAACGUCAUUUAAGAACCCAUACAGGAGACAAGCCUCACAAGUGUGAGGUCUGUAGCAAGUGCUUCAGCCGGAAAGAUAAACUGAAGAUGCACAUGAGGUCACACACAGGUGUGAAGCCAUACAAGUGUAAGAGCUGUGACUAUGCUGCUGCCGACAGCAGUAGCCUGAAUAAACACCAGCGAAUACACUCCAAUGAGCGUCCUUUCAAAUGUCAGAUCUGUCCCUAUGCCAGCAGGAACUCCAGCCAACUGACGGUGCACCUUCGAUCCCACACUGGGGAUGCCCCCUUCCAGUGCCAGAUGUGCAGCGCCAAGUUCAAAAUCAACUCGGAUCUGAAGAGACACCUGCGCGUGCACUCGGGGGAGAAGCCGUACAAGUGCGAGUUCUGCGAGGUGCGCUGCGCCAUGAAGGGAAACCUCAAGUCCCACAUCCGGAUCAAGCACAACACGGAGAACACCUUCAAGUGCGCCGAGUGUGACUUCCAGUGCGGCAACAAGACCAGCCUCCGGCACCACACGCGGACCCACCAGCCCGAGCAGCCGGUGAAGUGCCCAGAGUGCAGCUACUCGUGCGCGCACAGAGCCGCGCUCAAGGUGCACGAGCGCAUCCACUGCGAGGAGCGGCCCUUCAAGUGCGACUUCUGCAGCUUCGACACCAAGCAGCGCAGCAACCUGACGACGCACGUGAAGAAGGUCCACGGGGACAAGGUCAAGAGCAAGAAACAGAGCCUGGAGAAAAAAGGAGGCAGCGGCGGCGGCGGGGGAGGAGGCGGCGGCUGCGCCGGAGCAGGAGCAGGAGGAGACCGGCCCAAAGCCGGGGGCUCGCGCCAAGUGGCCAGACUCGAUGCCAAGAAGGCUUUUCAGUGCGACGCUUGCGAAGCGUCCUUCGUGAGGGAGGACUCUCUCCGGAGCCACCGGAAACAACACAGCGAAUACAACGGCAAUAAAAAUGCCGAACUGGCCGUUUUGCAGCUUCAGAUGGAGCCCGGCCGCCAGGUGGGCACACCUCUCACCGUCAGCCCCCUUCAGGUGCCCCUCCAACCAAACCAGAUCCCCCAGUUCAGCGAAGGGAGGGUCAAGAUCAUCGUGGGCCACCAGGUGCCACAGACAAACGCCAUUGUCCAAGCAACCUCAGUGAACAUUAUGCCUCCGGCCCUAGUUGGCCAAGGUCAAGAAGACCUCCCCACCAACAACCGGCUGCAGAUUCUGCGCCAGGUCAGUCUGAUCGCCCCGUCUCAGCCAUCUGUGUGUCAGAGCGAGGCCGGGCCGAUCGGCCAGUCGGCGGUCCUGCUGGCGACCCACGAUCAGACGGAAGGGGCAGCUUUGCACCAGACUCUGAUCCCCGCCCCUGCGGGCCCUAAUCACGAAGGCCCAGCCAACCAGACUUUCAUCACAAGCUCAGGCAUUAGCUGCUCUGAUUUGGAAGGCCUCAAUGCUUUGAUUCAGGAGGGGGCAGCAGAAGUGACUGUGGUCAGUGACGGGGGCCAGAAUAUUACGGUAUCGACCACUGCCCCUCCUAUCUUUUCCUCUUCUUCCCACCAAGAACUGCCCAAACAGACUUAUUCCAUCAUUCAGGGUGGAGCCCACUCAGCUUUGCUCUGUCCUGCAGAUUCCAUACCAGAUUAACUUUCCUGAAAAUGUCUUCCCUUCAAAAUAAUCUCUUUCACCUGUUUAAAACACAUCCAUAGAAUUCUGUCAGGUUUGCUCAUGAUAACCGAAGUACUUCCAGGUUGGCUCCUUGAAAAAUAAGUUAUAAUUUUAUACUGUCAAAUAUCAUUUUUUCACAUUCUAAAAAUCUUGAGAGCAGAUCAUUCCUGAAUUGCCAUAUCAUAACCACUACAUAUUAAAUAUUUCCAAGAUGCUACAGAUUUGUUGAAGAAAAAGAAUUAAAUUGUAAGCAAUAGUAAAUGCAAGUAUUUUUUUGGCUUCCUUUCUUAUAUUUCCUUACCAUGAUAUAGGUGCCUUAUGUCUUCAUUGGCUGGAUGACAGACUUGUGCCCAGCACCAUCUUGGAAUACAUGUGAAUUGUUCAAUAGUCCAAUAAAGUCCCAGAUACAGGGAAGAAAGAAACUAUUUUCCCUCAUGUCUCAUGUGGCUUUUUAACGCAAAAUUCACAGUCAAAAGAAGCAAAAUAGUGUUUAUUUAUUUUUCUCAUGGAACUUAUUUUCUAAAAUCUAGGCAGUCCCUGACCUACUAAUCCUGGUUUAUAUACAUUUCUGAUUUACAUAUGACCCUGACACAUGAAAGGUUAUAUAUACAUUAAUCCAGCUAAUGGUCUUUUUACCCUGACAAUACCCUUUGGGACUUUCUUUGCAUUUUACCUUCCCCCCCAGCUCUUGCUUGGGACAUCCCCCUCCAUCUUACACCUAUCUCCACUUUUUAACCCCAACUUCAGACCUUCCUGCAUAAAGACUCAGCCUUAAGCCUUUGUGUAAUUUCAUCUCACCCCAGGGUGACAUCUACAGAGGGAAAGGAGAAGAUGGUAAAAAUCCAUGUUUGCCUGUCCCACCACCGGACAGAAGCAUCUCAGCCGCCUUUUCUAUUCAGAGGCUUCUUCUCACUCUCUAUCCUGACCCGCCUCAGCUACUUUAAGGAAAUACACUUGAGUGCUCCUAUACAAAGACUAAUGAGUUAAAUUUAUGAGCAGCUCUCCUUCCCUACAGAGUAUAAGUGAAAAUUGGGGUAAGAGAAAGAGUUAGAGUUGAGAAAAGGAAGGAUAUUUUUUUUGAUACUUUAGAGGGUUUUUUUAAGUUUUAUCAAAUAUAAGUGUUAAAUUGAUUCAAAAGACUUUGUAGGGGCAGCUAGAUGGCACAGUGGAUAGAGCACCGGCCCUGGAGUCAGGAGUAUCUGAGUUCAAAUCCGGCCUCAGACACUUAACACUUACUAGCUGUGUGACCCUGGGCAAGUCACUUAACCCCAAUUGCCUCACUAAAAAAAAAAAAAAAAGACUUUGUAUAUGAGUUCAUAUCAGUUGGUGGCACCAAGUUUAAUAUAUUUCAUGUCCUUGAAAACAAAAGUUUAAAUGUAAAUAAAUAUUAGAACUGAAUAAGAUAUUAAACUAUGCUCUUUUCUAAAAACAAAUCUUAUUUUAUUAUGAACUUAAUCAUCAACAAACACGAAUGUUACAAGAUACACAAAACAGAAAGGAGGAAGAUUGUAUUCAAACCUGGACUUAUAUUAUAUACACCUUUUAAAAAACGCUGAUUAAAUACGACAGGAACAAAACUGUCCUGCUUGUCUGUAUCCCCUUCUGAACUUCCUUCUGCUCUCUUCUAUGUAUUUUUAAAUAUUUCAUUGAUGUCCUUUUCUGGGUUUGGUUUGGUUUGGUUUGCAUCACUAUCACUCUCCACUAACUCAGUUCCAUCCUAUGGACAAGAACCUUUGCAUAUCUGUUGUACGUCCCUCAUUCCCCAGUAGAAUGUAAAAACCUUGAGAACUGGAAAAGGGUGAUUUGGUUUUAUUGUCUUUAGAUUCCCAAAAUGUAGCACAGUGCUUUAAGCACUUAAUAAAAGU